AUGUCCAACACAGAUCGUUCAUUGAAUGGCGAUGGCCUGACGUCAUCGCCUUCUGAUGAAAGAAAUGGCGCUUCAUUAGUUCAAAAUAUUGGUCCUAUACAAGACAAUGAGCCUUGGAACGACUUGUCUUCACCAGAGCCCGAGGCGUCCUUGCUGUUUUCAGGCUUGAGCAAUCGAUCACGAACACAAGUACAAGAAGCCAACAAUCGUCAAGAUGUCACCAGUACUGCGACCAGUUUGCGUGAAACAGAUCAAGGAUUCCAAACGAAGGAGGUUCCAGAAUGGCAGAAAUCAGCAACCAAAACUUUGGUAUUCGUUGGAUAUACAAUCACUACAGUGUUGUUCUCAGUUAUAAUAUAUUUGCAUUCCCUUCUAGUCAGAUGCAGUUAUGAUGAAGAAACGUCAACAACAUUAUUAGAUGGGGUGUUUAGAGCGCAAGAGAAAGCGAUUGAUGAUUAUCAUAGAAGGCACCGUCUACAGUCUGAAGCAGAAGACGAAAUUUGA